AUGCAGAAUCUCUCAGAGGGUUUACUUAAAGCAGCUGAGAUGAAAGUUAAACAACAAUUGACAUUCACUGCAGAUCAGACAUUCACUAUGAAGAGCUUCAUCAAUGCAAUUAUCAUCAUCAAUAAGAAUAGAGAAAAUCAGAUCUUAGGCCUGCAACAGAAGAUUAAACAUUUACACAGACAGAUGACUACAUCAAAUCUGAAGAUCUCAUCACAAUUGUUCAUAACCUCUUCAGAAGUAUACACAUCAUCAGAGAUCACUGUGCAGGAUGAGAAUCUGAGUAUGAAAUACAUUAAGUCAGAAGAUCUGUCAGAGCUAUCAAGCUUCAAUGAUAACUGA